AUGGCGGUAUACCUGGAGAGCUACGUCGACGAGUGCUUUGUCAACUUCGUGACGGGCAAACCACAAAAAAAUCCUGCUACCACGGCCACACCAACUUCUAAACGCACUCGUUCCGAGUGCUCAACAAGCACAUCCACAUUAUCCCCAGAGAAAAGCUUCACUGAUGUCCUGGACUCCAUCGACAAGAAGCUAACUAGCCUAGAUGCCCGACUUGCCUUGGUGGAGGUUCUACACAAGGAAUUCCAACAACUGAGGGUGUCGUUGGAGUUUAGCCAAGAGCAGGUGGCGUCGCUUGCUGUCGAGAACCAACCGCUGAGGGAUACCGUGAAACAACUCACCGAUGGGAUGACACAGCUGACCGGGGAAAACAAGAAAAUGAGGGAGACCAUUCUGGACAUCCAGGCUCGGAGCAUGCGGGACAACCUCGUCUUCUCCGGGAUCCCAGAACAAGCAGAGGAGGAUGCCGAAGCCUCGGUUCGCGAAUUCCUCCAGCAUCAGCUGAAACUCCCGAGUGAAGCGGUAAAAAAUAAAACUUUCCAUCGUGUUCACCGGCUCGGAGAUCUAUCAGAGAGAGACGAGUUUGUGUGUCUGUCAGCUGUUUGUGUGGAGUUGUUCUUUGUGUUCACCUCAAACCAACCUGAGUGUCAUUUCUCUUUAGUUCUGAUCUCACUGCUGAGCUGCACAACAAACCAAGCUCGUCUGACUGUGAGUCCCAGCAGCUCUCAGUUCUUUAAAGGAGACUUUGUGUCUCUGAGCUGUGAGGAGGACGACAGCUCUGCUGGAUGGACUCUGAGGAGGAACACAAGCAAACGACAGAGGACUCAUUGUGGAGAUGGGUGGGGAAGAUGGUCUGGUUCUUCCUGCAACAACAAUGUAUUGCCACUGGACAGUGGAGUUUACUGGUGGGAGUCCAGAGAGGGUGCCAUCAGUAACAUGGUUAAUCUCACAGUCUCUGGUGGAUCAGUGAUCCUGCAGAGUCCUGUCCUCCCUGUGAUGGAGGGAGAUGACGUCACUCUGCUCUGUCAAACAAAGACCACUCCCUCCAACCUCCCAGCUGCUUUCUAUAAAGAUGGCUCCCUCAUCAGGAAGCAGCCUACAGGUCACAUGACCAUCCAGCAUGUUUCCAGGUCUGAUGAAGGCCUCUACAAGUGUGACAUCAGCGGUCAUGGAGAGUCUCCAUCCAGCUGGAUCACUGUCACAGAGAGACCCACCACCACACCUCCACCUACAUCCACACCUCCACCUACAUCCACACCUCCUGCUGUUCUCUCUGUGAUCUCCUCUGUUGUAUCAGUCUGUGUUGUGGUUCUACUGGUGUUACUGGUUCUGCUGCUGAGACGAUGUGUUCACAGGAAACCUGAAGACAGAGAUUCAGCUGCAGUCGACUCAGCAGUGAGAACUGAAGACGUCACUUACGGUCAAAUUAUCAUCAAAGACAAGAAAACCAAAGCAAAGAUGAGAGUUCUGAUCUCACUGCUGAGCUGCACAACAAACCAAGCUCGUCUGACUGUGAGUCCCAGCAGCUCUCAGUUCUUUGAAGGAGACUUUGUGUCUCUGAGCUGUGAGGAGGACGACAGCUCUGCUGGAUGGACUCUGAGGAGGAACAGAAGCAAACCACAGGUGCUUCUGUGUCGAGAUCAGAUGGCAAAGCCAAAAAAUUCUUCCUGCGUCAACAUUCAAUUCUUCACAUGGGACAGUGGAGUUUACUGGUGUGAGUCCAGAGAGGGUGCCAUCAGUAACAUGGUUAACCUCACAGUCUCUGGUGGAUCAGUGAUCCUGCAGAGUCCUGUCCUCCCUGUGAUGGAGGGAGAUGAC